UGAGACAGCCCGAGGGUGGCGGUAAUGCAGCUUUGCAGACUUUCGCUUUUUAAUAGAAGAAGAAACUUAGCUCAGCUGUCGGCGUGUUGAACAGCUCCAGUGUUAACAAGAUGGACAUGCUGUGUGGCCCAUUGGGCUUGGGUGUUGUCACAGGACUUGGCUGCGGGAUCCUCCUCGGUUGGCACCUGCGGGCGCGUUUGGGUCCAGCCUCCAAAAACCUAAUGGCGGCGAUGGGGAACGGUUCUAGUGAAGCGAGCGUGAUGGGAGAAGGAGGCGAGUUUAAGAUGAUCCUGGUGGUCCGCAGCGAUCUGAAGAUGGGCAAAGGCAAGGUGGCGGCCCAGUGCUCUCAUGCUGCAGUGGCGGCCUACAAGCAGGUGCAGCGCAGGAACCCAGACCUCCUCAAACAGUGGGAGUACUGCGGCCAGCCCAAAGUGGUGGUCAAGUCUCCCGACGAGGACACCCUCAUUCAUCUUCUGGGCCACGCCAAGGAAGUGGGGCUCCCUGUGAGUCUGAUCCAGGAUGCAGGGAGGACACAAAUUGCUCCAGGGUCUCGCACGGUACUUGGAAUCGGCCCAGGCCCGUCUGAUCUCAUUGACAAAGUCACUGGAGACCUGAAGCUUUACUAAGUUGUCAGUUGAACGUCCUGUAUCCAGCUUCUGUAUUGCAACAUUGACAGAAUUCUGACGAGAAAACUAGUGUCAUGUCUUGCUAUCAGCGAUUGAAAACAGUUUCUAAUAUUUUGGUUACCUCAUUGGGCUAACCUGAAGAAGUUCUCCACCUCUGCACGGCACAAUAAUAAACUAUUUCUUAUCCGCCAGUGACAGUUAAUACAGCUGCAGUAUUGGAUCUCAGGGUUUCCUGUACAUUCAUGUACAACCAACCCCUGGCAAAAAUGAUGGAAUCACCAGUCUCGGAGGAUGUUCAUUCAGUUGUUUAAAUUUGUAGAAAAAAAGCAGAUCACAGACAUGACACAAAACUAAAGUCAUUUCAAAUGGCAACUUUCUGGCUUUAAGAAACACAAAAAGAAAUCAUGAAAAAAAGAUGUGGUAGUCAGUAACAGUUACUUUUUUAGACCAAUCAGAGGGAAACAAUUUUUGGAAUCACUCAAUUCUGAGGAAAAAAUGAUGGAAUCACCCUGUAAAUUUCCAUUCCCAAAACUAACACCUGCAUCAGAUUAGAUCUGCUCGUUAGUCUGCAGUUAAACAGGAGUGAUCACACCUUGGAGAGCUGUUGCACCAAGUAGACCGACAUGAAUCAUGGCGCCAACACAAGAGAUGUCAAUUGAAACAAAGGAGAGGAUUAUCAAACUUCUUAAAGAAGGUAAAUCAUCACGCAAUGUUGCAAAAGAUGUUGGUUGUUCACAGUCAGCUGUGUCUAAAAUCUGGACCAAGUACAAACAACAUGGGAAGGUUGUUAAAGGCAAGCAUACUGGUAGACCAAGGAAGACAUCAAAGCGUCAAGACAGAAAACUUAAAGCAAUAUGUCUUGAAAACAGAAAAUGCACAGCAAAACAAAUGAGGAACAAAUGGGAGGAAACUGGAGUCAACGUCUGUGACCGAACUGUAAGAAACCGCCUAAAGGAAAUGGGAUUUACAUCCAGGAAAGCUAAACGAAAGCCAUCAUUAACACCUAAAGAGAAAAAAACAAGGUUACAAUGAGCUAAGGAAAAGCAAUCGUGGAUGACUGGAUGAAAGUCAUAUUCAGUGAUGAAUCGUGAAUCUGCAUUGAGCAAGGUGAUGAUGCUGGAACUUUUGUUUGGUGCCGUUCCAAUGAGAUUUAUGAAGACGACUGCCUGAAGAAAACAUGCACAUUUCCACAGUCAUUGAUGAUAUGGGGCUGCAUGUCAGGUAAAGGCACUGGGGAGAUGGCUGUCAUUACAUCUUCAAUAAAUGCACAAGUUUACGUUGACAUUUUGGACACUUUUCUUAUCCCAUCAAUUGAAAGGGCGUUUGGGGAUGAUGAAAUCAUUUUUCAGGAUGAUAAUGCAUCUUGCCAUAGAGCAAAAACUGUGAAAACAUUCCUUGAAGAAAGACACAUAAGGUCAAUGUCAUGGCCUGCAAAUAGUCCGGAUCUCAAUCCAAUUGAAAAUCUGUGGUGGAAGUUGAAGAAAAUGGUCCAUGACAAGGCUCCAACCUGCAAAGCUGAUCUGGCAAAAGCAAUCAGAGAAAGUUGGAGCCAGAUUGAUGAAGAGUACUGUUUGUCACUCAUUAAGUCCAUGCCUCUGAGACUGCGAGCUGUUAUAAAAGCCAGAGGUGGUGCAACAAAGUACUAGUGGUGUGUUGAAGUAUUCUUUUGUUGUUUUUUUUUUUCAUGAUUCCCUAAUUUUUUCCCCCUGAUUGGUCUAAAAAAGUAACUGUUAUUGACUACCACAUCUUUUUUUCUUGAUUUCUUUUAGUGUUUCUUAAAGCCAGAAAGUUGCCAUUUGAAACGACUUUAGUUUUGUGUCAUGUCUGUGAUCUGCUUUUUUUCUACAAAAUUAAACAACUGAAUGAACAUCCUCCGAGACUGGUGAUUCCUUAAUUUUUUCCAGGGGUUGUACUUGUUGCGGCCCACUGCCUGUUUGCCCUCGCUCAUCAACUCUUAAAACACACCUGGUCCACAAGAAAUGAAGUCACUCGCAUGUAUUUCACUCCUGUGACCGUGCCGUUUCAUCCAGGCGCCGUUCUGCUGUACUGAAGCGUUUUUGUAACCUUGUUAAAACAGUGCUAAAGUAAUCCUGUUCCAGUCCUCUGACUGAGCAUUCAUUCGCAAGCAAGCUAGUGAUGACACAGGAGACAUGGCAGGACGGCACGAAGGAGAUUGAUAAUUUGGCCAGGGUAUGAAUAAUUUGACAUUAACUGUCCUGUAUUGUGUAGUUUUGGGAAUCCAAAAUGCUUGUUAGAAAUGCAGAUUGUGGGAGUCAAUUUGGCACAUGAAAAUGGGAAAAAAAAAUCGAGGCACAAGGUAAAGGGAAAAAGAUGAAAUGUUGCUAACAAAACUUUGUCUUUAAAUAUAUACAUAAAGGUUAGGGGUUUUUUUUGUUUGCUUUUUUAAGCAUUUUCACAAAAUAAAAAUAUCAAAAUGACCCGC